UAUGUCCGGCCAUUUUAUGUUGGAUAUCUGUUCCGCGUAGACAGUCUUGCUCGCAUGUUUUCACUUGUAAGACCGAAUCUGGUCAUAACAUCGUGAGACGCGCUUACAUCGUGAGAUUUCCAGAGCGUAGUAAUUACGUGUGAAUAGUUGAAGGUGGUGCCGUUACGAUAAAAACGUGAUCGGUCAAGUGGGAAGCCACGACCGUGCAUUCGGGCGGCGAUUCACGAGAGAGAGACGACAACGGCGACAACGGUAUUUCCAGAUGCGUUCUAGACGUUACCGCGACCGUUUGUGUUUCGAUCGCGUACGACAGCCGUGAUAAGUGGUGUAAUGUGUCCUGCGAUUAUGUAUUCUUAAUCGUGAGAGUGCGGUGAAUUAACGAGCGAGAGAGAGAGAGAGAGAGAGAUAGAUAAAGAUAGAGGGUGUAUGAUUGUGUGUGUAUGUGUGAGUGAGGGAGUGAGUGAGUGAGUGUGUGUGAUUGAGAGAGAGAGAGAGAGAGAGAGAGUAGAGAGUAGUGAAGACCGUGCAAAAGAGAGAGUGAGGGAACGAGAAAGAAGAAAAGCAGAAGAGGAGGAGGAGAGAAGAGCGAGCGAGAUCGAUAAGUGUUUCUCAUCGUGCGAAUGCCGUGCAGUCGAGCUCGUUUAUAGUUCUCUGUAUUCUUGCCUUUUAUCAAGAUUAGUACUCGUACUGCUGUUUAUUGGUGGUGAUUCGUCAAAAUGACGUCGACAAAAUCCAAGGAAAUCGCGGAUGAGUACAUCUCAUCUCUGUCCGAUCUUACGAUCAACAGUAAACCGCUCAUUAACAUGCUUACUAUGUUGGCGGAAGAUAAUAUUGACCACGCGCCAGCGAUAGUACAAGCUGUUGAGACUCACUUGCAAAAGGUGAGAAGUGAUAUUAAGUUACCAGUUCUCUAUCUCAUCGACUCGAUUGUCAAGAAUGUGAAUGGAGACUACCUGAAUCUCUUUACACAAAAUAUAGUAAACACGUUCUGCGGAGUUUUUGAAAAGGUGGACGAGAAUACAAGAGCCAGCAUGUGGAAAUUGCGACAAACUUGGAACGACGUAUUUCCACCAAAAAAGUUAUUUUCAUUAGAUGUGCGGGUACAAAGUAUCGAUCCCGCAUGGCCAAUCACUGCCCCUUCUAGUGGUAUCUCUUCCGGAUCUAUUCACGUUAAUCCACGAUUCCUUUCAAUGCCUCAACAAGCUGCAACCUCGAUUGUGCAGCCGAUUGUGCCACCUGUUAAAUUACCACCGGGACAGCCGGUAACAACAACGGAAGCGGUCAUGCGUGAACAACUGCUGAACAAGCAACGAGAGUUAUUGGAACUGCAGAAAAAGAAGAUUGAGCUGGAAUUGUUGCAAGCUAAAGCAAGUUUAGAGCAACAACAAAGGCAACUCGAUAAACAGGCUGGGAGUUUGAAAACAGAAUUGGUUACACCUACAACACAAACUACAACGACAAAAGAAUCAACAGUGCAAGAGAAACCUGUUGCACCUGUAGUGCCAAAUCAAACGACGAAACAAGUAGCAAAACAGUUCCCCGCGGCAGCUGCGUCGCUUUUAAAGAAUGCAGGAGCGAACACCGGGCCACGAAUCGCACCAGCUAGUAGUAUAGCAGUAGCGUCAGCUAAACCAGUAUCACGAGAUCCACGUUUGAAAUCCACUCCUGUUCAGGAUGUGGCAGUGCCAACUGUAGAUCCUCGGCAACGCGUGGGUACGACCAGCCCGAAGGAAUCGCGGGGUGAAGGUCUAACGCAGUCAGCGCCAAAUAUAAAUAAUGUACUUUCAAACCAAUUAAAACAGCAGUUACUUUCGAAACCGGCUGUAACUAGCACUACCAACAAGCCUUCGAUAAAUUUCGCCGGCUCCGAUACCCCGGCGACAAACAAUAAUAAUAAUAAUGCUAAUACGAACGUGAAUAAUAAUAAUAAAAAUUUCAGUGGUAACACAAAUAAAGAUGCUGUCUCGCAUCGAACAAGUCAAAAGAAAGACCCUCGAUUGUCUAGUAAUAGUAGCGGUAUCCUAAACGGUAAUAGCUCCAAAAAUACCCAAAGUCUAUCGGUUGGUAGUAAUAGCUCACCGUUACCAUUGUCAGCGAGCAAUAGAGGAAGUGGAGGCAACGACUCCAAAUCGAAAGACUCGAAGAGCUCGAAAGAUUCGCGCAGCUCUUCAUCGUCUUCGACAGCUGACAAAUCUUCCACUUCCUCGAAAUCCUCGCAUAGGAAAGUAGGCAACAAGUCGCGAUCCAAACAGCCACAGUCAGGAACAAGUAAGACUACAAAACUCGACAGAGAUUCGAGUCCGAUUAGGUCCAAAUCUCGCGAGAAAGACAGCGAAGACAACUCACCGUCGUCCUCACGCACCUCUCCACAAUCAUCCUCCUUCCAAGUGUCUAAAAACCGCAAGAAGAACACGAAAUCCCGCAAGCGUAGUCCAAGCCCUCCGUAUAGAAUCCCCAGGCGUAACGAUGCGAAAUCGAGCUCAAGCUUAAACAGUUCCGGCGGUGUUACCGAGGAGGAACAAUCUGGUUCGCUCAUAGUAUCUCCUCCUCAUCCACCCACAUUCAAAGAAAUCAGACCGAAUGCUAGACAGAGAAAUUAUGUAAGGCGAAAUAAAGACGGCAGUCUUAGUCCGGAACAUUCUCCAGCCAGUGCUGGAAAUGCUCAGAUCGCUGCCGAACCAACAUUGGAGUCGUCUAGCAAAGACGAGGAUCUCAGAGCGCCGCUGUCACUUCCUGGUACCGCUGUUUCCGUACAAAAAGAGGAUUUAGAUCUACGGGUGUUACCAUCUGUUAACACCAACAAGAGGCAAAGUACUGACGCAGAGGUAACUGCCUCUAAAAAAAUGAAGACUGAAAAAUUCGAUGCUUUAUUCGGAAAUGAGGAUGUUGACUUACGCACUCUGACACAUCCUAAGGCCGGCCGACCUCCGACGCCUCCGCCGCCUGUAAUUUCUGGGGAGGACGGGAAAGACGGCUGGGCGAAGUUAAAGACACCGACGAAGAAUGAAAGAGACAAGCAGGCUAACAAUGCCGAUGAUAAGCGCGAGAGAGACCGCAACAGAGACAGACUAGGACGUCUCAGGCUGUACAAUAAGCUGCCGGACGAUCCGAAGGAAAGAAGAAGGACUUUGUCGAACGAGGAGCAAGACGUCAGACCGACUCGUAGAAGCCGGGAGAAUGAUAAGCCUGAGAUGAGAACCAACGAGGACAGGAACAUCGAAAUAAUAAUGAAGCAGGCGGCCGAGCAGCUGAACCAAGGCUCGAUCACCAAGAUACAAUAUAACACUCUGAUACAAGAAGUGUUGCACAUGAGCGAGGACCGCAAGCUGCGGGCUGCGCAGCGCAAGGAGAAGGAGAGCGGCACCAUAGUAUGGGAAAAGAGUGUCAACAUGGAUAUUCCUGGAUCGGGAGAUCGCGCUGCUGCGAUGCAUCAGCGGAAGUCUCUUAGUCCGUCCAACGACAAAGAGGUGAUACGGAACAAGGAACACCCUAUGCCGCGGAAUCCGAACGGUCCCAGAUGGCAGAAUCAACCUUGGCAGCAGCCAUGGGCGCACCCACCGGGCCCGCCGUACGGUGGGCCGCAAGGACACUUCAAUUCGGACCUCAGACCAGUCGCUCCUUGGCAAAAUCCGCGACACUUCGGACCGAUGAGACCAGACUACCAGUAUCACGGCUUCAACCACAACAUGGGACCCAGUCCGCGCUUAGGUAUGAUGGGCCCGAUGGGUCCUAACGGUCCGAUCAUGUCGAAUCUCCUGCCGAACGGUCCGAUCGGCCCGAUGGGCAUACCGAAUCCUCCCAUGUCGAUAGGAUGUCAUCCCGCGAUGAUGAUGAACAACGGACCGAUGAGUAAUCUCAUGACGAACCCGAAUAUGCCGCCCAUGUCAUCCGGUAGGAACGUGUCGCCGAACGCCGCGUCCAAGUACGAUCUCGAAGACAACGAUCAUCAGAACGCUUACGGUAACGCGUUGAUGAAGAACCAGGGGUCGCACAGUCGCGAAUUACCGGCGCCCGAUCCGAAGUUGCUGACGGAGAUCUCGAGGGACACCAUGAAGUCUAUCAACAUCGAUAAUAUACCACGGGAGAUUAGGUACUACGGGCAAACGGGCGUGGUCUUUAUGAACUGGGAUGAUCCAAGGGAGAUCGGCUUCCAAGAUGGCAUAAGAAGAAUAUUGAUCGACGAGAAGGACACCAUAACUUGCGCGUUCAACGACCAGUACAAGGAAUUUAUCUACGAAGGAGAGGUUCAUAGAAUCAAAUUGGGCGCACCCACACGAGAAUUGUAUAUCGACGACCGCUGGUACGAGUGUUACUUCGGCGGCAUGCCGAUAACGAUUGAACUUGGUGGUAAGAAGGUCAGCGUGAAGUUGGAGGGCCCACCACCGCAAGUGAAGAUCGGCUCAGUGAAGAGGACGGACCUGGUGGUCGCUAAGAUCAAUCUCAUCAUCAACGCACGGAAUAUGGUACCGGUGUUCUUGGACGCGAAGCCGCAAAUAUUUGAGAUUGAAGGAAAGCCUCACACGCUCGAAUUUACGGACGCGUUGCAAACCGUCCUCCUAAACGGCCGGCCAUUCAAAGUUGAAUUCGGAGGAUUACCGAAACCCAUUAUCGUCAGAGACAAGAAGCAUUUUAUUCGAUUCUCAGUAUUGCCAAGAGGUGUUCGUGCUGGUUAUGUUAAGAUCACCGGGAUGAGAGGCGAGGGUCCUAUCGACUCGCCACCGGCCACACCUUUGCAGGCGCUGAAACCUAAAGUAGAUUCUACCCCGACUCCGAGCCAGUUGCCCGCUGUAGAACCUGAAUCCACAUCGCAAGACGGUUCAGACCGCACAUCACCGCCAAAGCCAGAUUUGCAACUGGACAUGCUGUCAUCGGUUCUGCCAUCAGCGAUGGCUCCGUCAUCCGGCUUGUCUUAUCAGGCGGAACCCGCGGAAAAUCCGUCUGUAUCAGCACCGGCAUUGUCGCUCAGCAUGAGCGAAUUAUUCCAAAGACUUGUCGAGACCGGUAUUAUCGUUCCGAAUCUCACGGAACAAAAGAAACCCGAGGAAGAAGAGAAGAAGGAACCUGAGAUUACACCUAUUACUUUCGACAAGCCCGAGAGUCUUAAGAUAAAACAACCAGCUAUUUCUACGGCGUUGUACAGCGGUAUGCAAUGCAGCUCCUGUGGUGCAAGAUUUGCUCCUGAACUGGCCACUCGGUAUAGUCACCAUUUAGAUUGGCACUUCAGGCAAAAUAGACGUGAACGUGACUCUGCGCGAAAGGCACACUCGCGACCAUGGUAUUACGACGUUAGCGACUGGACACAAUUCGAGGAGAUUGAAGAUUUGGAGGAUAGAGCGCAAAGUUGGUUCGAGACUGAGAAACAAACGGCGGAGACGGAAGGUGUAGCUAGCGACGAUUCGCCACAGGAAACGUUGCAACCCAGCGUACCGACUGGUAGCGACGAGGAUUCGCGGUGUCAAGUGUGCCAUGAUGCAUUUGAGCAAUUUUAUAACGAAGAAAAGGAAGAGUGGCAUUUAAGACCGGCGGUUAAUUAUGAGGAAAAGAAUUACCAUCCGCUCUGCCUGGAAGAUUAUAAGGAAAAGAAUCUAGCGAGAGUAUUGGAAAAGUCAACUUCGGGAUUCGAGGAAACGGCUACGGAAAUCGAAGAGAGUAAAAAGGAAUGUUCGGAAGGAACAACGGCCAAAGAGGAACUUAAACAGGACGAAUCCGAUGCAGAAACAUCGAAUAAAGAACUUGAACCUGUGGAAACGUCGCAUCAAGAAGAGGAGACUCCUAUGCAUACUACUGAAUUAGAGAGUAAAGAGACACUUUUGAACGCCGAGAGUUCGGAAGCCGCGCAAGAUGAUGCCGAAAAAACGGAAAAAGCGGCGGAAGAAGUCAACAGUGAGCUGAACACAGACGCAGAGAACACUGAACAAACGUCUGAUGCAACUGUGACGAACGAAGAGGAAAAAUCUCAGGACGAAAAUUCAGUAGUACCGUUCGAUAAUAUCAAGAUUAAGGAGGAACCGGUAGAUGAUAUCAGCGAGCAACCCGAGAGCGAAUUAUUCGAAUUCGCUAACGUAGACAUUAAAGAGGAGCCUUUGGAUCCUGAUACAGAUCCAGAUGGGACUAUUAUCAAUGGACCGGCCACAGUGGAUACGACGUACGUCGCGGUGAAGAGUUCCAUUGACGGAAAUGUGGAAUUAGAUUCGACACCGGCAACUAUUCCCGCGACACCGCCACGAAUCAAGAUCAACAUCACCAAGCCACUGAGCACUAAUAAGGAGCCGGAAGAGAAAGAAAAGGUGACGGCGCCUGAAACACCGGCCGAGGAAAAUGCGAAGCCUUUGGUGCCAGCUUCCGUUAAACCGAGCUUACGCGGUAGGAAGCUAUCGAAUUUACCCCCUGUGGAGAAAGGACAAGAACUGUCGGGACUCUGUAGUAUAAUGUAAAUACGCAAGUAUGUGUAUAUAAAGUUUCAAAAUGCGCGUCUGUGAAAAAUAAAAACUAAAACGUGUUAAGAUUUAUACACUUUUAAGGUGUAGUGUCAAGAAUUCCUAUAUCGCAGUUUUAUGCAGCUUGUACGAUAUGAUGUAUAUUUCAGUAGUGAAAAGAUUGCAAUAUUUUUCCCCUAAUGAGUAGUUUCACAAUGCAUCCAAUAUUAAACUACUGAAAAAUUAUUCAACAGAUUGUAACGAAUACGGAUGCAUUGCGAAAUUCAUUUAACACUCAUUCUUUCUGCAACUGUGUUUAUAAAAUGUGCUUUCUACUUUUUUUUUUUUUUAAUAUACUAGUCUCUGUACUUUCUUUUUAUCUUAUGCAAUAGUUCUACCCUUGUUUCGCUAAAUGUACACAAAAUUUUACUUACAAAUUUAAGAUUGCUUGAAUUAGGAUCCGCCUUCACCCGCCUUUUAUGCACGUACUGGAGCAAUCGUAUCGUACAAGUUAAAAAUGUGUAAAAUAUGCGUGAUGCAUGCAAAUGUAAAUGUAUCAGGAAAUCUUGAUAGCGCAGAAAGAAAAAUGUGUACAUAACUAACACAAUGUAGGAAGAUAUAAUAUCAUAGCAUUCCGAAUGUUGUAUGUUCACUUGUUUUUAGCUGCACUUUCUGCAUUUUUAGUAUUACGUGUGUAUAUAUAUGUACUCUGACAUAUGUGUAUGUACAUGAAUACGUAUACGUAUGGAUGAUGAUAUACAUAAUUACUGAAGAAAGAUUUUCAGAAAGUGCAGUUAAAAAGAAGAUUUAUCGAAUGCAAUUAUUCUUCUUGAGGACAUUGCAGACAUUGCAAGUCCAACAAUGACGGCAUAAAGCGUCCAGGUCACAGGACUCAUUACGAGUUUCAUACCAUUUCUACUUGUAUAAAAUAUGUAGCAAAUACUGACAGAUUAAUAUGUCCGAUGCGUUCGUAUGUAGAGAUUACGCACUUCAUUUAAAGGUGUACAAAUUAUGUGAUAUAUAUGUAUACAUAUAUAACUUCUAUUUGUAACAUGUAGAUAUUAUAUUAGUUAAAAACAAUGACGAGGAGAUUCUAAGUAAGGAAAUAUGCUAUUAAUAGAUGAGCAUUAUUUUGUUGUAUAAAAGACUUUGUUUACCAUA